AUGGGUUUCGGGGACUUUUACUCCAUCUGCGAACAAGCAGCGCUUCCAUUAUGUGCAGAGGUGGGAGCGAUAAAAACGAUUGCGGGAAGUCAUGGCAUCGAGGCAAAUUGCUAUUCGCGCAAUAUUGAAUUAGCCAAUACGAUUAUAUUUCAAGGAGCCGCAAGUUUCGUGCAUAUCAUGGCGCUAAUCAUGACCGUUAUCAUGAUAUUGCACGUAAGGAGCAAAUUUACUGCUGUUGGCCGGAAAGAAAUCACAAGCUUCUUCUAUAUAUAUAUGCUCCUCACAUUCUUUACGUUACUUCUCGACGCUGGUGUUAUUCCACCUGGAACUAGUCCUUACCCGUAUUUUUCAGCCAUACAAAAUGGUCUCACAUCUGCGCUCACAGUCUGUUUAUUGAUUAAUGGAUUUGUUGGAUUUCAGUUAUACGAAGAUGGAACACGAAUCUCUGUUUGGCUUCUCCGCUCAAUCAGUCUCGCUAUGUUUGCUCUUACUUUCCUCGUUUCGCUUGCUACCUACAUGUCCUGGGCAGGACUUGGCCCUACUCGAACUGUUGGACUUUUCGUUGUGCUAUACUUACUUUCCGCUAUUGAAUUGGCCAUUUACGGUAUUAUGCAAGUAAUUCUUGUAGUAAACACACUUCAGGAUCGUUGGCCCCUGGGUGAACUUUCGUUUGCCCUUUUCUUCUUUGUUGCGGGUCAAGUUGUACUUUAUGCAUUCAGUACUAGCAUUUGCAACGCUAUCAGCCAUUAUUUGGAUGGAUUAUUUUUUGCUUCAAUUGCUAAUCUUUUAGCUGUCAUGAUGAUUUACAAGUACUGGGAUUCUAUUACUAAAGAAGAUCUCGAGUUUUCUGUUGGCAUCAAGCAGAACAAUUGGGAAGUUAAGGACCUUCUCGAAGAUGAGCGAAGAAACACUGUCUAUCAAGAUAUGGAUUACCAGCACAGUCCUGGCCACCAACCUCGAAACUCGAAUUAUGGCGGCUUUAACUAUUGA